AUGGCCGACGAUUUCGCUCCCCCGUCGGGUCCCCCGCCUCCCAAGGCCCCCGAGGUUCCUCCCGGCUGGAUCGCUAGAUGGAACGACCAGUACAAAGAAUGGUUCUACGUAAACCUCCACACCAAACAAUCUCAAUGGGAUAAGCCGACAGAGCCUGCCCUCCCUCCCCCUCCCCCACCAGCAGAAGACGGGCACCCGGGCGGCCCCCCUCCGGGUUACGCCCCGCGCCCCGGCGACCACCCGACGCCGCCGGUCGACCAAAAGCACAACCCCUACGACCAAAAGGGCAACCCCUACGAGAACCAGUCCUCGACCCCGCAGCCGCCCGGCGCAGGCGGCUCCAACACAAUGUCCGAGGACGAGCGCCUAGCCCGCCAGCUCCAGGCCGAGGAGGAAGCUCGCGCUCGUAGCGGCGGCGGCGGCGGCAGCCACUCCCCUAUGCCGCCGGGCUACAACCUCCAGCAGCAGCAACACCAGCAGUCGCAGUCGCCGUUCCCCGACCAGCUCCCGCCCCGCGCGCAAGAGACAAGGGGAAAGAGCUCCGGCGGCUUCUUGGGCAAGCUGCUGGGCAAGGCCAAGACAGGCGGCAUGGGCAGCUCGAGCCACGCCCAGCCGCAGUACGGAGGGUAUCCCCAGCAGCAAGGAUACGGCGGCUACCCGCCCCAGCAGCAGUAUGGCGGUUACCCCCCUCAGCAGCAAUAUGGCGGCUAUCCGCCUCAGCAGGGUUACGGAGGAUACCCUCAGCAGCAGGGCUAUGGCGGAUAUCCCCAGCAGCAGGGCUACGGCCGGGGCAUGGGUGGAAUGGGUGGAAUGGGCGGCGGUCGGAAAGCCGGCGGCGGCGGCAUGGGUAUGGCGGGCGGUCUUGCGCUUGGUGCCGGUGCCGGUCUGCUUGGUGGUGCCCUGAUUGCGGAUCACAUCAAUGAUGAGCAGCAGGAGGCGUACGCUGAUGGAUACAACGACGGACAGGACAAUGAUGAUUUCGGCGGUGGUGACGACUUUGGAGGUGACUUCUAA